CGUGCUUCUCUUCUCAACAACGCUGCUGCCUUCGCUGCUCCGACCAUCACCAAGCGCCUUGCUGCUCUGCCAUCCAGUGCCGCUGCUCCUCCGCCAUCCGCUUGCCCGCACUCUUGCUUCAACUUCUGCUUCUGCUUCUGCUUCUGCUUCUGCUCCUCCUGCACUUGCCUGUGCUGCUGCCGUGCUUGCUUGCGUUGACCAUCAGCAACCUCGUCCGUUUCAUCAUCGCCAUUCCUCGUUCAGUGGCUUGGCUGGAGCAAGUACACGUGCGCCCAAGCUCACAUCCACUGCUGCUGCUACGACAGCUCAUCUGCUGCGUCAGAACGACCAACGAACACCACUCGCAUUCGCGAACUCACGAUCAGCGUCAAUCCACUCAUCCACGAGGAGCUGCUCUUCCACCGAAGCCAAGACAAUGGAACAACCCAGCGCUCCAUCUCAAGCGCAGGCUCAACCGUCAGACACUGCCGUGCUGCCACGCCAGCGCAUCGAGCCUCCCCGCCCGGAACCAGUCAUCCCGAUGGACCCAGAGUGGCUCGCAUCGCUCCAGGUCAUGCAGCCGCUGUAUGGCAAGAACCUGCGCCCGCCGUCUGCCGUGCGCGGACUCGUCUCUCUCGACAACCCCGAGGCACUCGCCAAGUUCAAUGUGACACUCAAGGUGUUUGCCGUGGUGCUGCCCGCGGCCGAAGUGAGCACCUACUUUGCGCGCCUUGGCAAACUGCACCUCAACUUUCCCAAACGGCGAAACGCCCUCCCGUUUCCCGGUGAUCCGCAGCGUCGAAUGAUUAUUCUGUUCUACGCAGCACCUCAGGACACUCCGCUUGUGGGCGAGAUCCCUACUCCGGCGGACGAGUUUAUUCCUCAGCUGCCUGCUGGCGAGAUGGCCGACAGCAUGCGCGAUCUCGGCGCCAGCGCCAAUCUUGUCGUGUUUGGUGUCCAGUAUACUGUCGACUCGUGGAAUCUCGAGGAAAUCCUGACUGCAGUUCUCCCCGUGGACCCGCCUGCAUCGUUUGAGCAGGUCGGCCAUGUCGCACAUUACAACUUGCGAGACGAGCACCUGCCAUACAAGACUGUGGUUGGUCAGGCGACCAUGCUCAAGUUCCCCCGGUUGCGCACUAUUGUCAACAAAACCCACAACAUUGACAACACCUUCCGCUUCUUCCAGAUGGAGCUGCUUGCUGGCGACAAUGAUUUCAACGUCGAGGUCAAGGAGAGCGGCUGCAUCUUCCGCUUUGACUUUUCCCGCGUGUAUUUUAACUCGCGUCUGCAGCAGGAACACUGGCGCAUCAUCCAGGGCUGCCCGGCGCCGAACGUGGCGUGCGACAUGAUGGCCGGCGUUGGCCCGUUUGCCAUCCCGAUUGCCAAGCAAAAGUGUGUCGUGUACGCAAACGAUCUCAACCCUGUGGCCUUCGAGAGCCUGUUGGUCAACGCCAAGGCCAACAAGGUUGCUCAUCUCGUACAUGCCAGCAAUCAAGAUGGCCGCAAGUUUGUGCGCGAUUUGGCAGUCCGCAUUCUAGCCUCGCAUCUUUCUGGCAAGCCAAAUCCUCUGCCGGCAUUCACGCAGGUCAUGAUGAAUCUUCCAGCCAUUGCGGUGGAGUUUCUCGACAGCUUUAUGGGGAUUUUCGGCGAGGAAGCCGAGGCAGAGGCGCGUGCGCAGCAGCCAACGUCCACGCUCGCUCUCGGGUUCCGCGACGUGUUCAAGGUGUUGCCAGUCAUCCACGUGUACAUGUUCACCAACGCUGAAAACAUGGCAGCCGAUGCCAUCGCACGAACCAGCAAGCACCUGCGCUUCCCGGUCGACGACCACCUGGUCAAGGUUCACGACGUGCGUGAUGUUGCGCCCAAGAAGCACAUGUUUUGUGUUUCGUUCCGUCUGCCGGAGCAAGUCGCCUACGCCAAUGCGACCGAGGCGGCAUCUCUGAGCGCAGUGGCGCAAAAGCGGAAUCACCAAGAGUCUGCUGCAACCGAUGCGGAUGUUGUUGCGAGCAGCAAUGCUGAGGACGAUGCGCAAAACAAGCGUGCACGUCUGGACGACGAGCAAGCUUGAAACGGGGUGCAAGGUGGUGCACGCAUUGUGAUUUCGAUCUGGUGUUCGCGUUCUCUUUUGGCUGCUCUCUGCGUUUUGUUGUUUUUCGUUUGUUUUGAGAAUCAAGGCCUUUUCCAAUCUUGC